AUGGAUUGGAAGAACCUAUAUCCCAUAUUAGAAUCAAAACCAGAAUUAGGAAAGCCAACGAUUGCUGACAUUGGAUGUGGUUUUGGUGGUCUUCUCGCUGCAUUAUCUCCCAAACUUCCCAAUAAUCUCAUUUUGGGAAUGGAAAUUCGUGUUCAAGUAACUAAUUAUGUGGAAGAUAGAAUCAUUGCUCUACGAAAGAAGUUUGCGAAUGAAGGUGCUGGAUAUCAGAACAUUGCCGUAUUGCGUGGUAAUGCCAUGAAAUUCUUGCCUAAUUUCUUUGAAAAGGGACAAUUGGAAAAAAUGUUUUUCUGCUUUCCUGAUCCUCAUUUUAAACAACGAAAGCACAAGGCACGUAUUGUAACCACUACCUUAUUAUCAGAAUAUGCAUUUGUCCUUCGCCCUGGUGGAAUUAUCUACACCAUUACUGAUGUUAAAGAUCUCCAUGAAUGGAUGGUCAAGCAUUUGGAAGCUCACCCGUUAUUCGAGCGCCUUCCCGAAGAAUGGGAACGCCAGGAUAUCUGUGUCAAGGUCAUGACUACUGAAACUGAAGAGGGUAAAAAAGUCUCAAGAAACAAGGGUUCUAAAUACAUUGCAUGUUUCAAGAGACUUGAGGACCACUAA